CAGAACGGAAACCGUGGUGGGUCAAUUUCAGUCGGCGUGCUCAUUUGAACAAGAACUGCAACGAAGCCGAAGAAGAGGUACUCGGAACUGAUUGUUCAACUUUCAAAUCAAGAUUGAUGGAGUGGCAGCCGGACGAGCAGGGACUUCAGCAGGUCCUCCAGCUGCUCAAAGACUCUCAGUCACCUGACACGGUCACACAGAGAGCUGUUCAACAAAAACUUGAACAACUCAAUCAGUACCCUGACUUCAACAACUAUCUGAUCUUCGUCCUCACACGACUCAAGACUGAAGAUGAGCCGACUCGUUCCUUAAGUGGUUUGAUACUGAAGAACAAUGUUAAGGCCCACUAUCAGAACUUCCCCCCGACUGUGUCGGACUUCAUCAAACAGGAAUGCCUCAGCAACAUCGGGGAUCCCUCUCCACUCAUCCGCGCCACCAUUGGGAUCCUCAUCACUACCAUAACCUCCAAAGGAGGACUGAAAACCUGGCCCGAGCUGCUGCCUCAGCUCUGCAACUUACUCAACUCAGAGGAUUACAACACCUGUGAGGGCUCAUUUGGCGCGCUGCAGAAGAUCUGCGAGGACUCAUCGGAGCUGCUGGACAGCGACGCUCUGAACAGACCCCUCAACUUUAUGAUUCCUAAAUUCCUUCAGUUCUUCAAGCAUUGCAGUCCAAAGAUUAGGUCUCAUGCUAUAGCCUGUGUGAACCAGUUCAUCAUUGGCAGAGCCCAGGCUCUGAUGGAGAACAUCGACACGUUCAUAGAGAGCCUGUUUGUUCUGGCAGCAGAUGAAGACACCGAGGUCCGGAAGAACGUUUGCCGAGGUCUGGUGAUGUUACUGGAGGUCCGCAUCGAUCGUCUCAUCCCCCACAUGCACAGCCUCAUCCAGUACAUGCUGCAGCGGACUCAGGACCCCGAUGACAACGUGGCUCUGGAGGCCUGCGAGUUCUGGCUGACCAUAGCAGAACAACCCAUCUGUAAGGAGGUUCUGUCCGGACAUCUGGUGCAGCUGGUCCCAAUUUUAGUCAACGGCAUGAAGUAUUCAGAGAUCGACAUCAUUUUACUGAAGGGCGACGUGGAGGAGGAUGAGAUGGUUCCAGACAGCGAGCAGGACAUCAAGCCUCGUUUCCACAAGUCACGCACCGUCACCCUGCGGCACGAAGGAGGGGAGGAAGAGGAGGAUGGGGACGACGAUGAAGAUGAUGAUGACGACACACUGUGUGACUGGAAUCUGAGGAAAUGUUCGGCCGCGGCGCUCGAUGUUCUGGCCAACGUGUUCCGGGACGAGCUGCUGCCUCACCUCCUGCCGCUCCUCAAAGGGCUGCUGUUCCACCCAGACUGGGUCAUCAAAGAGUCUGGGAUCCUGGUGCUGGGGGCCAUAGCUGAAGGCUGCAUGCAGGGCAUGGUGCCCUACCUGCCAGAGCUGGUCCCCCACCUGAUCAACUCUCUGUGUGAUAAGAAGGCCCUGGUCCGCUCCAUCACCUGCUGGGCUCUGAGUCGCUACGCACACUGGGUGGUCUCCCAGCCCCCCGACUCCUACCUCAAGCCCCUCAUGACCGAGCUCCUGAAACGGAUCUUGGACGGAAACAAGAGGGUGCAGGAGGCGGCCUGCAGUGCGUUUGCCACGCUGGAGGAGGAGGCGUGCACCGAGCUCGUACCCUACCUGAGCUUCAUCCUGGACACGCUAGUGUUCGCUUUCGGGAAGUACCAACACAAGAACCUCCUCAUCCUGUACGAUGCUAUCGGAACUCUGGCAGAUUCAGUGGGUCACCAUCUCAAUCAGCCUGAGUACAUCCAGAAGUUGAUGCCUCCUCUGAUUGCAAAGUGGAACGAGCUAAAGGAUGAAGACAAGGAUCUUUUCCCUCUACUGGAGUGUCUGUCGUCGGUGGCGACGGCCCUGCAGAGUGGCUUCCUGCCGUACUGCGAACCCGUUUACCAGCGCUGUGUCACGCUGGUCCAGAAGACGCUGGCUCAGGCCAUGAUGUACAACCAGCAUCCUGACCAGUACGAGGCUCCUGAUAAGGACUUCAUGAUCGUAGCCUUGGAUCUGCUGAGCGGACUGGCUGAGGGUCUCGGGGGUCACGUGGAACAGCUGGUGGCUCGCUCCAACAUCAUGACCCUCCUUUUUCAGUGCAUGCAGGACACGAUGCCUGAAGUGAGACAAAGCUCCUUCGCCCUGCUGGGGGAUCUAACGAAGGCCUGUUUCCCUCACGUGAAACCCUGCGUUGCGGAGUUUAUGCCCAUCCUGGGUCUCAACCUGAACCCAGAGUUUAUCUCUGUGUGUAACAACGCCACCUGGGCCAUUGGAGAGAUCUCUAUGCAGAUGGGUGCAGAGAUGCAGCCCUACGUGGGGAUGGUGCUGCCUCACCUGGUAGAGAUCAUCAACAGACCCAACACCCCCAAAACCCUACUGGAAAACACAGCCAUCACGAUCGGCAGGCUAGGCUUCGUCUGUCCUCAGGAGGUAGCACCACAGCUGCAGCGCUUCAUCAGGCCAUGGUGCACAUCGUUGAGGAAUAUCCGAGAUAACGAGGAGAAGGACUCAGCCUUCCGGGGAAUCUGUGUGAUGAUCCAGGUGAACCCUGCAGGAGUGGUGCAGGACUUCAUCUUCUUCUGUGAUGCUGUGGCUUCAUGGGUCAACCCAAAGGAGGACCUGAGAGACAUGUUCUGUAAGAUCCUGCACGGCUUCAAGGAUCAGGUCGGAGAAGAGAACUGGCAAAAGUUCUCUGAGCAGUUCCCUCCCUUGUUAAAAGAGCGCCUGUCAGCCUGUUACGGAGUCUAACGUGACCCCUCUCUGACCUGUCAGGUUCAUCAGUGGGAGGGUAACCGGGGAACUCAUUGCACUGCCCAAACCACGGGGAGAAACUAAAGCUGGAGGGUCGUAACGGGCCUCGAACCUCCACCCCACGGAUGGCCUCCUGCCCCCGUGGGCCGUUCGUCUCCGUCAGGGAGGGUGGGAGGAGGGUGGUGGGUGUGGGAGGGUCAACUGGGGUUAUAAAUAUACCUCUCAGAUUAAACGCCUCACUUGCUACACACUCAAAGCGACUUUCGCCAACACCUCUGCAGGGAUCUAAAGUAGGCGAGGGCACAAUCAGGGCAGCAUUUGACCUCCCCCGCCUCCAACGGAUCGUCCUCAUGAAACAGCUGCUGGGUGGACUGGGGGUGGGGUGGGGGGGUGAGUACAGAAAUGAAUUAUCCAAACCAGCGUAGGGUGCCACAGUCCCAAAUACUACAGCGCAUGUAGAGUGACUCACUCGUAGCUUUCACAGGUCUGGAAUCAGAGCCAGAACAGAUGCUUUUACUGUGCACAAAACAAUCGCUGCACCUUUUACUGCAAAGUUGCAUCGACUUUUUCAUGAGUCUCUAUUAACAUUUAGUUGAAUAAGUUCCUCUCCAGGCAAUAAGGAUUCUGCAUGAUCACCUCUUUGGUUGCAUGUUUCUGUGAACGUCUCUUUGGUUUGUAACCGUCCAUAUGAGGGAGCUGCCGUGACUCAGAGGCUGGAUGCUUGUUUUCUUUCUUGUCCUUCAUAUUCUCCAUAGUGCAGAGGCUGUGUGUGUGUGUGUGUUUCUUCAAACUGACCGUAGAGUAAUCCAGGAAUAGGCUGCUGUCUGAUGUAAUACUGUAAGCUGAUCCUGAAUCAUUUUUGCUGCUGCUGCUUGUUUUUAGUCUAUUUAAAUAAAGAACCUAAUGAGCGCCAGAUGACUUCUUCAACAAUGGUUUAAAUGCACUUUUUCUUUUCUGACAGACGUAGUUUCUGAUGUAAAGCUUACAGUCGUAUACUGCUUAGUGUUUUUGAUAAGUGAUUUUAGGAUAAUGAGUAAAUUCACACAGCAGGACUUGAUAACGUAGCUCCCCCCGUUGUUACCACUAUCCAUUUGAGCCGUCCUCUGCUUGAUUUUUUUCUGUUUUUCCUGAUAUUAUUUUAAAAUACUAACAGAGCUUUGCCUUUGUUGGUGAACUCACUGCUGGACUGAUGUAGUAGGUACCACAUCAGUCCAGGUUUGAUGAAACUAGAGAGGCUUUUUACUAGGCUGGAUAUUCCCCGACUCCUCUGGUCCAUAUAGGACGGUUGUGUCUAUGGAAACCCUUUAAAACAGCCCGACUGUAAUGGUUGUUUUUUCUUUGACCUCAGGUGUCACGAUGUUUUCCAGCCUGAUUAUGUUGCUCGAAACUUCCAAAUAUAGAUUAUUGUUGUAGCAUGAAGUCACUUUGUUUAUGGGUUAUGUAAUGUGGAGACGAGCAUUAAUGUGAUUUAUUCUCCAAGAAACGUGACUUAAUUUUUUUCUUGAUUUAACCGUGUUUGAGAAUUUGAACCCCUUCAUUAGCUCCACAGUGAGAAUACUGAAGAUGGCAUGACUCAGCUCCACGAAGAUAACAUGACUCAGCUCCAGGGACUCCUGUUAGUUUCUAAAAACAAGCCAAGCUUUGCUAUUUGUUGCCAUGCUGAUGUGUAAAACGUACAACCGGUUGAAGUUAAAUGUUUUGUUUUUUUACUUUGGUUUUUUAAGCUCGUGUCAUUUUUUUUAUUUAUUUUUUUGUUUUUUUAAAUUGUGCUUUGAUGCACAAAUUGUCUUGGACUUUAAAAGUUUUUUGUUUGUUUUGCUUUUUAUUCUUUUUCUUUAAAGAGCCAUUUUGUUUUCGUUGUUUUACAGCGUAUCUAUUCACUGUGUUGAUGCAGGACGAGUACGUUUGGGGUGAAGUCUAGCAAACAAAUUACAACUUUGUUUCACUUCAGUAUCGAGGUUGGCAACUGGAUUCAGUGCAGCAGCUUUUUUGCAUAAAUUUAUUACAGGUUGUAAGAUGAUCUGUAUCCCAGUUAAUUUAAUUUUGUGAGAGGGAAACUAGUUUCUAUUCAGCUUGAGUUGGUUUGAAAUUUAGAUCUACAUUAUUGUCCUUAUGACAUUUGAGGAUGUUUGAAUUUUGUGUUGGAAAAUCUCAGCUCUAUGAAUUGCCAUUCUCAGAGAAUCCCCGUUAGCCUGUUUUAUUUUAAAAUUUCUACUAAAUAAAGCAGCUGAAAAGUG